AUGCUUUAGCUGUUCUCUCUUCUGGAAUCUAAAUACGCCUUUACAAAGAAUUCUACCUGCUUGCGGUGGGACUGUGAUACUGAAUACAGUAUUCAAAGUGCAGAAGUGUGUAUAUGAAUGGGUACAUACAUAAACAGAUGUGGGAUAGAAGAGCAAAUGCAAAUCAACUAAGUGGGUUCCCAUCUAUUUGCGUCUUGGCUCAAUAAAGUUCUGAUUACAUUCUACCGCAAAAAUGUGGAGGCGGUGUUUAAUAUAAUGGUAAAUUAGAAAUAUGCCGAAUACGACAGAUACCCGUACAACGACAUCGCCAGGGGAUGAUUUGGGAAGCACCGAUGAAGUGAAGAUAUUUAAGGAUGAAGGUGAUCGGGAAGAUGAAACAGUGUCCUCUGAAAAUUUGUUGGAAGAAAAAUCUAGUUUAAUCGACUUAACCGAAAUUGCUGAUAAAUGUAGUGACAUACAAUCGAAAUCUGCAAGUAGUCCAAUCUUUAACAAAACAGAAUCACGCACCCAAGACUUUAAUAUGACGUACCUCGUUCCCUAUUCCUACUCCAAUUCAUCCGCCACUGGACUCCCUGUAUCAGUGGCCAACAAACUGGGAUUACGAUGUUUUCUAAGUCAAACUGGAGAACACUUCACCUCUCCUCCCCCCGCUCACUGCGGCAUUCAACCUUAUCAUUUAGAUGCAAAAGCGAUGGGGAUAACCAGAACAUCAAUUUAUCCACUUCCUUCUAGUCAAUAUCCAUACACAAUUUUAAGUCCAGAAAUAACACAGGUUACAGCCUGGCGCACACCAUCGGUUUAUUCAGCGACUAACUUUCAAAGCACUUACCAUACCUCAUUGUCAAGCGAAAUCUCUAACAAUUUAUCACUUCGAUUUUCGUCGAAUGUAUUACCUCCAGUGCACACAUCACCAUAUCAUGUUAUUGGCCCACAAACUGAAGUUGAGAGAGUAAUUAAUAACUACAAUGAAAAGGAUGUCACUACUACUAGUCACAAUAACAUGGAAUAUAAAAACAAAAAACAUCAACAUAUUCAGAAGCGACCUCAAGACGUUCCAAGCGAUAAAAAGAAACCACAUAUAAAAAAACCAUUAAAUGCCUUUAUGCUCUAUAUGAAAGAAAUGAGAGCAAAAGUUGUAGCAGAGUGUACAUUGAAGGAGUCAGCAGCAAUAAAUCAAAUACUGGGGCGACGUUGGCAUGAAUUAUCACGUGAAGAGCAAGCUAAAUAUUACGAAAAGGCACGACAUGAACGACAGUUACAUAUGGAACUUUAUCCAGGAUGGAGUGCGAGGGAUAACUAUGGAUACGUAUCCAAGAAAAAGAAACGAAAAAGGAAUAAUAACUCUAUAGAAUCUUCUAAAAGCAUUAAAAAAAGUUAAAUUUUAAUUCACAUUUACACCCUAUCCUUUUUUAAGCCUGCAAAGAUAUAUAUAUAUAUAUAUAUAUAUAUAUAUA